AUGAGAGUGCCUACACCCCUUCUACUCAUCUACACCCAAGCACUUCACCUCUACACCCGCGCAGACUCUCCUACACCCUCGGCGCAAUCAACACACUCACGUCCUCCCAUCCAUACACACUCCACACUCACCCCACACCCAGAUUUAUCGCCCACACAGUCGGCGCCGCAAAAAAACAAACAUCGAGGAACACACGCCCACACACCUCACACAGCCCGAAGAACCCACCCGUGCCUCUCCCCAUCCCACCCACACCUCCCAGUCCCUCCCUAUGCAACCUUUUCUCCUGAUGCCCUACUCACCUACUCCCCUAUUCGCCCACCAAGGCCCGGUUCUCCUAGGUUCUCCUCCCCCUGUCAGUCUCAACCCCUCGUCUCUCCCGGAUCGGCCGCCAAUGAACCUAAGUACUAUGAUCCACACCCAGACCAUCUUAGACCUCUGAUAUACACCUCCCAGCCCCCACACCAGACCCAGUGUAAUCCCUCCCCCAUCACACUGCCUACACUCCCUCACCCUCCGCCCACACUCAAUACACCCUCUCUUUAUCUGCCGCUCAGCUGCUAUUGCUAUUGCCCGCCGGAGACGGCAAGGUGCAUCCCAGGUAGUGACAACGCAGGAUUUUCACCUUUAUGGCACGUGUGGUUCAGUGUUGCUUUGCUCGCUUCCCUCGGAGUGGCGCAGUCAUGCCAACGCCACCUCCGCCCCUUACCUACACCUCCAACUUCUCAUCCUCAUCCCCCUGCCAACGCCACCUCCGACCCUUGCCCACACCUCCUGCCCCUCCCCCCUUGCCGUGCCCCCUGCCAGUACCAGCGGACCCUUGCCACCAUCACUCUCACUUGGGAGGCCACGCGGCUGUCAUGA